AUGGCUAGUAUCUGGCGACCGGGCAAGGGAGUAUUCAUGAAAGAUAUCGGUAAAGGGAGAUUCAUAUUCCAAUUUUUUCACGAACUAGAUCUGAAGCGAGUUUACGAGGGAGGGCCUUGGGCGUUUGGUAAUUUCCCUUUAAUUCUCCAUCGAUUGAGGAAAGGAGAGUUCCCGCUUACUGUUCCGUUGGACAUCCUGCCUUUUUGGGUCCAAAUCCAUGAUCUUCUUGCUGGAUUUUUGACGGAAGGGGUAGGCAAACUUCUGGGUAACUUCAUUGGUACGUUCAUGGAAUAUGAUAGUACUAACUCAUCUGGGGUGUGGCGACAGUACAUGAGAGUUCGGGUUGGCAUUCGGGUGACUGAUCCUUUGAAGCGCUUUAAGAAAUUGAAACAGAAAGAUGGAUCAACCUUCACUGUUAACUUCAAGUACGAGAGGCUUAAUGUUUUUUGUUUUCUCUGCGGAAGACUUGGCCAUUCCGAGAGUUUUUGCGAGCUUAUGUUCAACGAAGGCUCGAAAGACACCGUGAGGGAAUGGGUGUUAGCCUUAAAGCGGCGGAUCGACGGGGGGUGA